AUGAGGAAGGAGCUGCCGGAAGUAAUACAACAGCAAGCUUCCGAGGCUUCUCGUGUCAUUCGAAGUUUGUUGGGCCUAGUCUUCACUAACUCAGACAAAAGGGACAAGAUUUUUGGUUCGACCAUGGUGAUUUCGUUGUGGUACAACCCUGAUCAAAAGUGCCUCUACAUUUUGCUGGAGUUCAUCGACAUCCAAGAGGAGUACGUCAGGAUUCUCAGCACUAUUAAUCGGGAGCAUCUGAAGCCCUCCGCCUCCGUCGCCUUGCACCACCACUCCAACGCGCUCAUCGAUGUUCUGCUGCCGGAGGCCGACUCCAAUAUUUCGCUGCUCAGCCAGAACGAGAAGCCUGACGUCACCUAUAAUGAUAUCGGGGGAUGCGACAUUCAAAAGCAAGAAAUCCAUGAAGCAGUGGAACUUCCACUAACACACCAUGACUUAUACAAACAGAUUGGAAUAGAUCCUCCACGUGGUGUAUUGCUGUAUGGUCCACCUGGAACUGGUAAAAUCAUGCUAGCUAAGGCUGUUGCCAAUCAUACAACUACUGCCUUCAUUAGAGUUGUUGGUUCAGAAUUUGUUCAAAAGUAUUUGGGUGAGGUUCCACGAAUGGUCCGUGAUGUUUUCCAUCUCGCCAAGGAGAAUGCACCUACCAUCAUCUUUAUUGAUGAGGUGGAUGCUAUUGCUACUGCAAGGUUUGAUGCUCAAACUGGAGCUGAUAGAAAAGAAAAUAUUUUUUGUGCAGUACUUCCAGGAAUUAAUCCAAUGAUAGUUUGUCCUAAAGUUCUUGAAGCUCAGAUAUCUCCUAGGUCAAGAAGCUAUGCAACUGGUAUUUCAAAUGUGGCUGAACUUAAUAGCCGGAACAUGUUCUCAAGCUUAAAUAAGAGCCAUAGAGCACUUCCUUGGACUUCUAGAAAUGAUAUGACGCUGCGUUUUGCAAUGGCUGUCGAGUUGCCAAUCUUCUUGAAUGAUAAAAGGUUGCUAUCCACACAAGUUCUCAGCCAAAGUCAAAGGUUGCUGGUGUUGAUUGGAAUUUUAACAGUUGGGGAGAAAUAUGAUGCUGACCCAGUGGCAAAGGCAGCUGCUGCAACUGUCCUGGGCAUCCAAGUUGGGUGUGGAUUGCAUUCAGGAGAUGAAUCUAGAGCUAAUGUUGCACAAGAUAAUGAACUUGUCCAUCAGAAUCCUCAAGCAUAUGCUUCACAAGAUGGAAAUUGGAUUGCUCGUAUUGCAACAUUACUUGUGGGGACGAUUGAACACAAUCUUGUAUAG